AAUAUUUUUUAUUUUAUUUUAUACUUAAUAUCGAUAUUUUCAGGAAAGAUUUCAGAAGAAGGGUUUGAGGCUAUCAAAAUGAAAGCUUUUCUGAAGAUGAAGACGGCAUCAUCAUCGUCCUUGGAGAAACCAAAUUGUCGUACAUUCAGUCUAAGCGAUAUCCAGUCGGCCACCAAAAAUUUCAGUGAUUUAAUAAGUGACGAAGGAGGUUUUGGUACAGUUUAUAAAGGUACCAUUGGCAAGGAGAAAACACCGGUGGCGGUGAAGAAGCUAAAGAACACUCAAGAGAUAACGGGGUUCGAUGAGGAGAUUGCAGCACUAAGUCAGAUCCAGCAUCGUAAUAUAGUCUCUCUCGUUGGUUAUUGCAGUGAGGGGCGCGAGAAGAUUCUUGUGUAUGAAUUCGUAGAGAAUAGCACACUAAAGGAUCACCUCCACAAAAGGUUACGCGACAACCACAGUGAGCUCGGGUGGAAUACACGACUCAAAAUCUUAAUUGGAGUUGCUCGAGGUCUGUAUCACCUUCACCACUGCAUCCGGGGAGGCUCAUUUAUACAUCGAGAUGUGAAGAGUGCAAAUAUCCUCCUCGAUAAGAAUUACGAGGCUAAAGUUGGAGAUUUUGGCUUAGCCAAACAUGUAGCCUUGGAUGACCCACGUAGCCAUUUUUCGACGAAGGAUGCAGGCACAUUUGGGUAUUGGGAUCCAUACUAUAUUAUAUAUCAUAAACUAACAAGGGCUAGUGAUACGUAUUCUUUUGGGAUGAUGAUAUUGGAAGUAUUGAGUGGUAAAAAAGCUUUAGAUCAAAGUCGUGAAGAACCCUUGCUCUCCAAUUGGGCUUUGGAGAAAAAGCCUUAUGAGAUUCUAGACCCAAGUUUACAUGAAAGCAGCUCAGAAGAGAGCCUCUGGAUAAUAUGCAAUGUUGCUAAAAGAUGCUUGCGCUUUAUACCAAAGGAACGACCAGAUCUGGGUGAAGUUCUGGCCAUGCUUGAGCUAGCCCUACUCAAAUCCAACAAUGAUUCGGGCAAUAAAGAUGUGUCGCCAAUUAGUCAUCUUGCCAUUCAACUACAUAUUUUGGAGCGAGACUGUAAAGAAAUAGGCUAUGCCGUUGAUAAGGGAUCUAGAGAAAGUGCUGUUUAUUGGUCAUACACCCUUCGUCCUGGAAGGAAUGUUGCUAUUAAAAAGAAAAAAUGCCAAGUUCCAGAACAAGUAUUUCUAGCACAGGUUUUAACAAUGUCAAGCCUGGAUCAUGAAAAUGUGCUAAAGCUUGAAGGUUAUUGUAUGACUGAUGAUAUGGAUUACUAUGUGUAUGAGUAUGCUUCCCGAAGGUCCCUACAUGCCAUUCUACACAUUAAGCAUAAAUAUGGAAAAGAAAAUAUAAUAUCAUUGCCAUGGUCAAAAAGAAUUGGAAUUGCUGUUGACGUUGCUAGCGGCUUGUCCUACAUUCAUGACAUGAAAGAUUUGAUUCAUCGUAACAUCAAAUCCAGCAAUGUUUUAAUUUUUGAGGAUGGGACUGCUAAGAUAGCUGAUCUUCAUAUAUUCAAUCCAUGCUCUUGUAACUUCCCGUCUCCUAUUCGUGGUGGGAGGCCGCCAUGCGAACUUUAUCAUCCACCAGAAUUUUCAAAGGACGGCGAUAGCAAGGCUGGUGACGUUUACAGCUUUGGUGUAGUUCUCCUCGAACUAUUGACAGGUAAGCAGCCAAUUGUAUUGCCGGAGGGAAUGAGCCUUGUGAGUUGGGCAAAACCACAUCUACGUAGUGAGGGAAGCAUUCAAACGGUUGUGGAACUCGGGGAAGACUACCCUCUCGUGGCAGUUAAAAAGAUGGCUAAAGUUGUUGAGUUGUGUCUUGAAAAUGAACCCAGAUACCGUCCAACAAUGGGCGAUGUUUUGAAUGAUCUUAAGAGUGCUUUCUACGAAACACAAAUUUAUUACCAAAAACAAAAGGAUCCCGAGGGCCCCAUCUUGGACCGACAGAAUCAGCUUAGAGAUCGUGACCGUCAUCUCUAAUUCAUUAUAUAAUGUAAUCGAAUCGAGUGAUUUAUAAACUCCUUCUCGGGUUUUCUUUGUCGGUUCUUUCCCGAGUCGUGUAAAUUAAGUCGAACCGCAUAGGGUUGGGCUAGUUAAGUUGAAUAAUAUUGUGAUUGAUUACCAAUGCUAUAUGUAUAUCUCACUAACUAGCUUGUUGAAAAUAAGACUAUUAUUUUUCAUUAAUAAUGUUAAUA